GCGAGGCGGGCGGCGCUCGCACCCCGGGGCGGGCAGCCCAGCCGCUCGGCUCCGCGCCGCUCCGCACCUCCCCGCGGGCGGGCGGGCCGCGGCUGGGGCGGUGCCGCGCCCGCUGGGUGCAGCCGUCUCUUGCCCGGAGGAGGCUCCGCUAGACGAGAGAGGAGCUGCCGCGGGCGCUCGCCCUCAGGCGGGCCCCGGGCCGGUGACAUGUUGGCGGAGCGCUCCUGGAGACUAUACCUUCUGUAAAGCCCUGUGGAAGAUAGAUGUGUGUGCUGCAAUGGUGACAUAAAUAUUUCAGAGGACUGGAACAAAUUGUUGAGAAUCUGUGUUGGUUUUUAAUGCUGUUGUCAAGAACAAUCUAAGGCAAGUAAACAACAUGAGUUUUAUCAUGAAACUUCACAGACAUUUUCAAAGAACAGUUAUUUUGCUGGCCACUUUUUGUAUGGUGAGCAUAGUUAUUUCUGCAUACUACUUGUAUAAUGGCUACAAACAGGAAAAUGAACUUCCUGAAGUCUCUUCAGAACUGGAAUGUGGUGAUCCUCAACUAUUGCCAUACAAGCUGAUGGAGAUGAAGACCUUGAAGCCUAUUGAUCCCCUGAGGACAGAUCUUGUAGUGCUGGUGUUUGUGGAAAGUCAAUACUCAACAUUAGGCCAAGACAUAAUAACCAUUUUAGAAUCUAGCAGAUUUCAGUUUCACAUUGAGAUUGCACCUGGAAAAGGUGACCUCCCGGUGCUUACAGACAAGAAUAAGGGCAAAUAUGCUCUCAUAGUAUAUGAAAAUAUUCUGAAGUAUGUUAAUAUGGACUCUUGGAACAGAGGCCUUCUAGAUAAGUACUGUAUAGAAUAUGGUGUAGGUGUUAUUGGAUUUCACAAAGGCAAUGAGAACAGCUUGCAGAGCUUUCAGUUGAAGGGCUUUCCUUUCCAUGUCCACAGCAAUCUGGCUAUUAAGGACUGUUGCAUUAAUCCUCAUUCCCCACUGCUCCAUGUGACUAAAUCUUCUAAGCUUGAGAAAGGUCCCUUGCUUGGAAAUGACUGGGCAGUUUUCCAGAUUAAUCAUACAGCUUAUCAACCAGUGAUAUUUGCAAAAGUAAAGACACCAGAAAACCUUUCACCACCUGCUGCUCUAAGUGCUCUCUAUGCCACAGUAAUUCAUGACCUGGGGCUCCACGAUGGGAUUCAACGAGUCCUUUUCGGCAAUAACUUGAAUUUUUGGCUGCACAAGCUGAUUUUCAUAGAUGCCAUCUCUUUUCUGUCUGGCAAGAAGCUCAGACUCUCCUUGGAUAGGUACAUUCUGGUUGACAUAGAUGACAUCUUCGUUGGGAAGGAGGGAACGAGAAUGAACACCAACGAUGUGCAGGCCCUGCUUGACACUCAGAAUCUUUUGAGAGCUCAGAUUACAAAUUUUACUUUCAACCUGGGCUUUUCAGGGAAAUUUUAUCACACAGGUACUGAGGAGGAAGAUGAAGGUGAUGACCUGCUGUUGAGGUCUGUAGAUGAGUUUUGGUGGUUUCCUCAUAUGUGGAGUCACAUGCAGCCUCACCUCUUUCACAAUGAGUCGUCACUGGUGGAGCAGAUGAUCCUCAACAAAAAAUUUGCCUUAGAACAUGGUAUUCCAACUGAUUUGGGCUAUGCAGUGGCUCCGCACCAUUCUGGAGUCUAUCCAGUCCAUGUUCAGCUUUAUGAUGCCUGGAAAAAGGUCUGGAAUAUCAGAGUUACCAGCACAGAAGAAUACCCACAUCUGAAGCCUGCAAGGUAUAGGCGAGGCUUCAUCCACAAAAAUAUCAUGGUGCUUCCUAGGCAAACUUGUGGCUUAUUCACCCACACAAUUUUCUAUAAAGAGUAUCCUGGAGGUCCAAAGGAACUAGACAAAAGUAUUCAAGGAGGAGAGUUGUUCUUCACGGUGGUUCUCAAUCCUAUCAGCAUCUUCAUGACACAUUUGUCCAAUUAUGGGAACGACCGCCUGGGGUUAUACACCUUUGUGAACCUGGCCAACUUUGUUCAUACCUGGACAAACCUGAAACUCCAAACACUGCCUCCAGUUCAGCUGGCUCACAAGUAUUUUGAACUAUUCCCUGAGCAAAAGGACCCUCUCUGGCAGAACCCCUGUGAUGACAAACGGCACAGAGAUAUCUGGUCUAAAGAAAAAACCUGUGAUCGACUGCCAAAAUUCUUGGUCGUAGGACCCCAGAAAACUGGUACCACUGCCUUGUAUUUGUUCCUGAUCAUGCAUCCUUCCAUCAUUAGUAACUCCCCCAGCCCAAAAACCUUUGAGGAGGUACAGUUCUUUAAUAGAAAUAACUACCACAGGGGGAUUGAUUGGUACAUGGAUUUCUUCCCCACUCCUUCUAACGUCACCACUGACUUCCUCUUUGAGAAAAGUGCCAACUAUUUCCACUCUGAGGAAGCUCCUAAGAGAGCUGCUUCUCUCAUACCCAAGGCCAAGAUCAUCACCAUCCUUAUUGACCCAUCUGAUAGGGCAUAUUCCUGGUAUCAGCAUCAGCGAUCGCAUGAAGAUCCUGCAGCUCUUAAGUUCAGCUUCUAUCAGGUGAUCACAGCUGGACCUCGAGCCCCAUCUGAGCUUAGAGCUCUCCAAAAGAGAUGCCUAGCACCUGGAUGGUAUGCAACCCAUAUUGAAAGAUGGCUAACUUACUUCCCACCUUAUCAGUUGCUAAUUAUUGAUGGACAGCAGCUGAGAACUGACCCAUCUACUGUAAUGGAUGAAGUACAGAAAUUUCUGGGAGUCUCUCCUCAUUACAACUACUCUGAAGCCUUAACGUUUGAUUCACAUAAAGGUUUCUGGUGUCAGCUCCUGGAAGAAGGAAAAACAAAGUGUCUUGGAAAGAGCAAAGGCAGAAAAUACCCUCCUAUGGAUUCUGAGUGCAGGGCUUUUCUGUCAAGCUACUACAGAGAUCACAACGUGGAACUGUCAAAACUCCUACACAAAUUGGGACAGCCCCUGCCAUCAUGGCUGAGACAGGAGCUACAGAAAGUAAGAUAGCAUUGAAAAAAGGCUUUUUGAAAUCUCUCUUCCACACUUCAGUCAUCAUACCUAAAGUCUCCAGCUACCAGAAGGUCUUGUAAGAUAUACCUCUCCAAAAAAGAGUACAAGAUAGAUUCUUUUUUUUUUUCUUUCUUUCUCCAUGUGCUGGCAUGUGGAUUGUGAAAACAUGUAUUUCUUAGAGCUCUGGUGGGCCAUAUCUUUCUCAUAAACAUUUCUGGACGUGUGGACUACUGUGCACAUAUGUGGAAAUUAUUUGCAACUGGUUUAAGGUUCAGAGAUACAUGACCUGUCCAAUUUCAUGGUAAAUAUUUACAUUUUUAUAUAUCAGUUCAAAAGUAUUGUGUCUCAUGUAUGUUUUGUACCCCACUGUUAGGCUGCUGACAGUUUUUUCUUACUAUUUGAUUUUUCUCUUGCCUAAAAUCAAAAAACUCAAUGUAGCACAAAAUGCCAGGUGUAUUUCUGCCUUUGGAAUCAGCUUGCUAAUACCCAAAUCAUAUACUAACAAGAGGAAGAAGUACAGUUAUCAGAUAUGGUUUAGAUGUGCCCAGCAACAAAAUAG